AAUAAAAUUUAACUAGACUGUCCUUGACCCAGGCAAUAUUUAAUUAACCUUAAUUUGAUAACAAAUGUUAAGAAAGUUCUGUGAUUUUAAUUUUAGUUAAAUAACCGUGAAUUACAAUAAAAACGAACAAAAUGAUAGUUGAGAUUAUAGGCAGACGAUAAUUUGUAUUACGUAAAAGCUUAAGAUGUUGUUUAUUUAGUAUGUUAGUGAAAGUAAAAAUACUAUUUUUCGCGCAAGCUAAAGAAUUGGCCGGUAAAAAUUCUGAUAUUUUUGGUGUUUCUGAUAAAACUAACUGUCUGGAUUUAUUAAACGAAUUAGUAGAAAAGUACGGGUUACAGAAAAUUAGGAACAACAUUCUGUUAUCAGUUAAUGAAGAACUUUAUCAAAUCGAAGAUAUAUUAAACUUAAAAGAAGGAGACGAGAUAGCUGUUAUACCGCCUUUGAGUGGAGGAUAAUACAACAAUGGCUAAUUUUAUAAAACUUUCUCCGGAUAAACUCAACGUCCAGGAAAUCAUGGACUCAGUCACAGCAGCUUCUUGUGGAGCGAUCUCUGUGUUUGUUGGUACGACAAGAGAUAAUUUCGAAGGUAAACCUGUGAUAACUUUAAACUAUGAAUCUUAUGAGCCUAUGGCUAUAAAGGCAAUGGAAAAAAUUUGUACAGAAAUAAGAUCACAAUGGUGUGAAGUGGAAAACGUUGCUAUAUACCAUAGGCUUGGAGAAGUCCCAGUUAAAGAAGCAAGUGUUGUUAUUGCAAUAUCUUCGCCACACAGAGAAGAAGCUAUAAAAGCUACUGAAUUUUGUAUAAAUAGUUUGAAAAAAUCAGUCCCUAUUUGGAAGAAAGAAGUGUAUUCUGAUAAAGAGUCAACAUGGAAAGAGAAUAAAGAAUCCAACAAGGAUAUAUAUCCUCCUAAAAGAAAAAAAUACAAUUUUGACAUAGUUCAAGAAGUACAAGUAAACUAUGUCCCACCCCAUUUAAUUCAAAUCAAAGCUUCAAAUCAAGAUCUUAAUACUAGAAUACAGAAAUUUAUGGAUAGGAAAAGAGAAGACAUCAACCUACAUAACAUUACAGAGUUCUUUCACAAAGAUAGAGAUCCUGAACAUACUUGUGCUCGCGUAGAUGCAGUUGUGUAUAAAAGAAAAGACUCUAAAAGUCAUUUACAAGUCGAAAGAGUUUUAAACAGUUAUCAGCAUAGAGAUCAGAACAAUUCAGAUUAUCUUAAAAAAUUCAUUCCUAUUAAUGGAAUAGAAGAAAGAUUACAAAAUCUAGAAUCUCAAUUAAGUCUAGACAAGGCUACACCAAAAAACGUCUACAAAAGGCUGAAAGACUUAGAAGACAGAUUAGUAUUACUGGAAAGUAUUUCCCCAGAAUACAUUCAAUUCUGGGAUAAGACAAAUUUGCCGCACAAAUCUAUAAAGAAAAAAGUUUUUUCUUUAAAAGAAAUCGACGAACUUAUAACAGAAGCUGAAAAGAAAAAUACAAAAGUAUCAUAAUUGACUCAUAAGUAUUUUAAUAUUUAUUUUAUGUUAUAAGUACUAUGUAAAUUAUGAUUAUGUAUUAUUAGUUUAAAAAUAUAAAAAUACACUUUGUAACGCAUUAUAAAAGCCUAAAAAUAAGAACAA